GCACGCACACACACACACACACAGACCUCUCUGGAUUUCUUUGCCUUGAGUCUCCCGGGGCUGUGAGGAGCCAGGCGCAUCUCAAACCGAGCUGGCAGCUCCAGGCUCCGGAGCCAUGCCCUGCACGGACCCUCAUCUUUACCAAGCUCCUGAGGAAUGAAAGGAACCCAGGGAUCCUCAGAAGGCAGCAGUGAUGUGGACCAACCCCCUGGAGCCUGCACCCUUCCAAGGGCCAUAGGCGACCCAGGGAACCGGAGAGAGCUCCAGACAGAAAAUCCCAGCUUUCCUAAAGUCUCUGUGGAUGCUGACAAAAGGAGACCCGAAUUUUUGGAAGAGCCUGCCCUAGGUUACCCAGCUGCAGAGUGAUUUUCCCCUCUGGCAUUGAACCUACCCCUCCAACCCCCAGCCAUCCAGAGUACCAUGAAGAAUUAUGAGGAUGUGUGACAGAGGUAUCCAGAUGUUGAUCACCACUGUGGGAGCCUUCGCAGCUUUUAGUUUAAUGACCAUUGCAGUGGGCACGGACUACUGGUUAUAUUCCAGAGGUGUGUGCAGGACUAAAUCUACAAGUGAUAAUGAAACCAGCAGGAAGAAUGAAGAAGUAAUGACCCAUUCGGGGCUGUGGAGGACCUGCUGCCUAGAAGGGGCUUUCCGAGGAGUGUGCAAGAAGAUCGAUCACUUCCCCGAAGAUGCUGACUAUGAACAAGACACAGCGGAGUAUCUCCUGCGGGCCGUGAGGGCCUCCAGUGUCUUCCCCAUCCUCAGCGUCACGUUGCUGUUCUUUGGCGGGCUCUGCGUGGCAGCCAGCGAGUUCCACCGAAGCAGACACAAUGUCAUCCUCAGCGCGGGCAUCUUUUUCGUUUCUGCAGGGUUAAGCAACAUCAUCGGCAUCAUAGUUUAUAUAUCAGCCAAUGCCGGAGACCCCGGGCAGCGUGACUCCAAAAAAAGCUACUCCUAUGGCUGGUCCUUUUAUUUCGGGGCCUUCUCUUUCAUCAUCGCAGAAAUCGUGGGAGUUGUUGCUGUGCACAUCUACAUAGAAAAACAUCAGCAGCUACGUGCCAAAUCCCACUCGGAGCUCCUGAAGAAAUCUACCUUUGCUCGCCUUCCACCCUACAGGUAUAGAUUCCGGAGGCGGUCAAGUUCUCGCUCCACGGAGCCCAGAUCCCGAGACCUGUCCCCCAUCAGCAAAGGCUUCCACACCAUCCCUUCCACUGACAUCUCCAUGUUCACCCUCUCCCGGGACCCCUCAAAGAUCACCAUGGGGACCCUCCUCAAUUCCGACCGGGACCACGCUUUUCUACAGUUCCACAAUUCCACGCCCAAAGAGUUCAAAGAGUCGCUGCAUAAUAAUCCGGCCAACAGGCGCACCACGCCCGUCUGAACUUGACCUCUGCCCUCUGGCCUCCGCCCCAGCACAGCCUCGGAGGCAACGUACAGAGGCGGCUUUGAGGUUGCAUGGCAUGGUCCUCGUGAUGGUAUUACUUUUUACAAAGAAUGAAACCAAAUGGACUCAGCCCUCUCCCACACUUGGCCCCUGGCGCUCCGGGUCCCACCCCGCCCCCACCCCCCACCGUUCCUUCCCGACUUUUCAAGCCAAUCCCAUGAUGUCAUUCCUCUCUCUGUGUAUCUGUGCCACAUGUUUUCCUCUCUUCCUUCUUUACUGGAAGGACCUGCACAUUCUUCCCUCCUUGGAAGAGGACUUUAUUCAAAGUCACGGGUGGUGGCUGGGGGGGGAGUGGGAUCCCCGAUUCCCCAGGCGCGUGCAAUUGUCCCCAUUGCCCACUCACACAAAUCCUCGGGACACCAACCACCCAGGUGGCCCUGAAGGAGGCAUUCACCUUUACGUGUUAGAAAAACAUGACCAGAAAUCAAAGAUGUCAGAGCCCCAAAGCAGCUAAUGUAAUAAGCACCCAUGUUAUUAAAGGUUUUGCCUUGUUGU